UAGUCUUAAAGUGGGAGCAAGCCUUCGUUUAGUCUUAAAGGGGGACUCACUCGUCACAAAGGCAGGUUGGUAAUUGGAGAUAAUAAGAAGUUGAAAAUCAGAUUAUUGCAUCAGUGUCACAAUUCAGUUGUUGGAGGUCACUCGGGAAUUACAGCCACCUAUGUGAAAGCUAAACAACAUUGCUAUUGGCUAAGUAUGAAGAAUCAAGUUACUUAGUUGGUACAAUGUUGUGACAUUUGUAAAUGUUGUAAAGUUGAGAAGGUCUCAUUACCCAGACUCCUGCAACCACUUCUAGUUCCAUCUCAAGUAUGGGACUCGUGUCCAUGAAUUUUAUCGAACAACUCCCAAAGUCAGAAGGCAAAAACAGUAUACUAUUGGUCGUAAACCGCUUAACUAAAUAUAGUCACUUCAUACCGGCACACCAUCACUUCACAGCUCAAAGAGCAGCCGACUAUACAUGGAGACCAUCCACCGGCUAUAUGUAAUUCCACAAGUUCUGGUCUUGAAUAGAGAUAAAAUGUUCACCAUGUUUAUUAAUAUCUCUCAGGUGCAUGAUCCAUCAACAACCUAAAAUAUGAGCAAAGUGACUAGCUGCUGUCAAAUGGUAGUAUAACACUUCUUACCACUCUAGUCUGAAAAUGACCCCCCUUCCAAGCACUAUAUAAAUUCGCUUCAUCUUACUUAGAUACUAUUGACCUGCACUCUGCCUUGCAAUCAGUGGAAGCAUUCAUCGCAGAAAGGAUAAGGCUAACAGGGUAAUAAGCAACCUCUUUUGAAGGCUCAGCUCUAAUCCAAAUAGUAUGUCGAUGCUCAUUGAAGUUUCGAAGAACGUGACCUGGUGUUACUCAAGCUUUAACCAUUUAAGCAAGGAGGUCAGUAAGACGUGGUGAAACUCUCAAAGUCUCACCCAGAUUCUAUGUUUCUUUUGAAGUAACACAAAAGGUACGACUAAUGGCGUAUAGGCUCUAAUUAUCUCCAGCCUCUAGUAUGCACCUGGUUUUCAUGUGUCUCAAUUACCGAUUAAUAUGUUGACCAAUAGCAUAAUUGCAUAAUAAUUUGAGUAAAUGGAUUUCGAUACUCUCGGCAACUCCCGAAGCGAAUUCAACCAAAGUUCAGAUUUAACAAGUACUUCUUUGCAUCCAGGAAUGGUGACAACUGACCUACUCUUGUCUGGUGCCACAACAAAGCAGGCCAAAUUUUUCAUAAAUGUUUUGGCAGAGCCAGCGGAAGUGGUUGCAGAGUACCUUGUUCCAAAUAUCAGGUCCAUCCCUGCAAAUGGAUCGAUGAAACCCACAUACUUCCGUUUUCUCACUGGACUGAAAGCUUAUUCACAGAUAUUCUCAAGAAUUGCAUUUGGUGCAAGGAGAAACAGAUAUGUCGUCGAAGACUGAAAGCAGCAGAAAUGGAACACGUUAAUAAAGAAUGAAGAAUUGGGAAAUGUCUGUAAAUAGAAUACUAACUGACAUUUAAUUCUCUGGUUAUCUUGUUGCUUUACCUUAGGGCUAUGUUGGGAAUUAAUAACAAAUUUUGUAAAAAUUUAUUUAAAAA